CAUCACCGGCCAAGCCACCUGCUAAGAUGUUGCUUCUGAACCCCCUUCCCCUCCCAUGUCCUCAGAGUCGCCGAGCCCAUGGCUUUCAAAGCGACCCCAGGCCGGACGCCGCCGGGACCCGGCCCCGGGGUCCCCUCAGCCAGCUUCUCCAGCCCUCAGCCUGCAAUGGCGGCGCCUGGAGGUAUCGAGGAAGAGGACGAGGAGGAGCCGGCCGAGAUCCAUCUGUGUGUACUGUGGAGCUCGGGUUAUCUGGGCAUUGCCUACUAUGACACUAGUGACUCCACGAUCCACUUCAUGCCAGAUGCCCCAGACCACGAGAGCCUGAAGCUUCUCCAGAGAGUUCUGGAUGAAAUCAACCCCCAGUCUGUUGUGACAAGUGCCAAACAGGAUGAGGCUAUGACUCAAUUUCUAGGGAAGCUUGCCUCCCAGGAGCACAGAGAGCCAAAGAGACCGGAAAUCAUCCUUCUGCCAAGCGUGGAUUUUGGUCCAGAGAUAAGCAAACAGCGCCUCCUUUCCGGAAACUACUCCUUCAUCUCCGAGUCCAUGACCGCCACUGAGAAAAUCCUCUUCCUCUCCUCCAUUAUUCCCUUUGACUGUGUCCUCACGGUCCGGGCACUUGGAGGGCUGCUCAAGUUCCUGAGUCGAAGAAGAGUUGGGGUUGAACUGGAAGACUACAGUGUCGGCGUCCCUAUCCUGGGAUUUAAGAAGUUUGUAUUGACCCAUCUGGUGAGCAUAGAUCAAGACACUUACAGCGUUCUACAGAUUUUCAAGAGUGAGUCUCACCCCUCGGUGUACAAAGUAGCCAGCGGGCUGAAGGAGGGGCUCAGCCUCUUUGGAAUCCUCAACAGAUGUCGCUGUAGGUGGGGACAGAAGCUGCUCAGGCUAUGGUUUACACGUCCGACCCGGGAGCUACGGGAGCUCAAUUCCCGUCUGGAUGUCAUUGAGUUUUUCCUGAUGCCUCAGAACCUGGACAUGGCCCAGAUGAUGCACCGGCUCCUGAGCCACAUCAAGAACGUGCCUCUGAUUCUGAAACGCAUGAAGUUGUCCCACACCAAGGUCAGUGACUGGCAGGUGCUCUACAAGACUGUGUACAGCGCCCUCGGCCUGAGGGAUGCCUGCCGUUCCCUGCCCCAGUCCAUCCAGCUUUUUCGGGACAUUACCCAGGAGUUCUCUGACGACCUGCACCACAUUGCCAGCCUCAUCGGGAAGGUGGUGGACUUUGAGGAAAGUCUUGCUGAAAAUCGCUUCACAGUCCUCCCCAACAUAGAUCCUGAAAUAGACGCUAAAAAGAGAAGGCUGAUGGGGCUUCCGAGUUUCCUCACGGAAGUUGCUCAGAAGGAGCUGGAGAACCUGGACUCUUGUAUCCCCUCAUGCAGUGUCAUCUACAUCCCUCUGAUCGGCUUCCUCCUUUCCAUUCCCCGCUUGUCUUUCAUGGUGGAGGCCAGUGACUUUGAGAUCGAGGGACUGGACUUCAUGUUUCUCUCAGAGGACAAGCUGCACUACCGUAGUGCCCGGACCAAGGAGCUGGACGCACUGCUGGGGGACCUGCACUGCGAGAUCCGGGACCAGGAGAUGCUGCUGAUGCACCAGCUGCAGUGCCAGGUGCUGGCACGGGCUCCGGUCUUGACUCGGGUACUGGACCUUGCCUCCCGCCUGGACGUCCUGUUGGCUCUUGCCAGUGCCGCCCGGGACUACGGCUAUUCGAGACCGCAUUACUCUCCCUGCAUCCAGGGAGUACGAAUCAAGAAUGGCCGGCAUCCACUGAUGGAGCUGUGCACACGGACCUUCGUGCCCAACUCCACAGACUGCGGUGGGGACCAGGGGAGGGUCAAAGUCAUCACUGGACCCAACUCCUCAGGGAAAAGCAUAUAUCUGAAACAGGUAGGCUUGAUCACCUUCAUGGCCCUGGUGGGCAGCUUCGUGCCUGCAGAGGAGGCGGAAAUUGGGGUAAUCGAUGCCAUCUUCACCCGAAUUCACAGCUGCGAGUCCAUCUCCCUCGGUCUCUCCACCUUCAUGAUUGAUCUCAACCAGGUGGCGAAAGCAGUGAACAAUGCCACAGAGCACUCCCUGGUCCUUAUUGAUGAAUUCGGGAAGGGAACCAACUCGGUGGAUGGUCUGGCACUUCUGACUGCUGUGCUCCGUCACUGGCUAGCACUGGGACCCAGCUGCCCGCACAUCUUUGUGGCCACCAACUUCCUGAGCCUUGUUCAGCUGCAGCUGCUGCCGCAAGGACCCCUGGUACAGUAUUUGACCAUGGAGACUUGUGAGGAUGGGAACGACCUUGUCUUCUUCUAUCAGCUUUGCCAUGGCGUCGCCAGUGCCAGCCACGCCUCCUACACUGCGGCCCAGGCUGGACUUCCUGACCCACUCAUUGCUCGAGGCAAAGAGGUCUCAGACUCGAUCCGCAGCGGGAAGCCCGUCAAGCCCAUGCAUGAACUUGUGAGGAGGACCCAGAUGGAAAAUUGCCAGGCCCUGGUGGAUAAAUUUCUAAAACUGGACUUGGAAGAUCCCUCACUGGACCUGGACAUUUUCAUUAGUCAGGAAGUGCUCCCUGCCGCCACCACCAUCCUUUGAGAGUCCUCCCUCUGCCUUCCAGCUACCUGAGUCCCGGGGGCUACCACACCUCUUCCUCCCCUUCUUUACUGAAGAGUUCUCUUUGUACAUUUUGUCUUGUGUUGGGAAUAAAGUUUAUUUUGGAUCAA